GUCAUCUCCAAAACGUGUUUUGUGGUUUCUGUUGAUUACCUGUGUUUCUAAUUCGACUGCCGUGAAUUAAUUAAUUUUUCGUGAAUUUAAGUAUUUUAUUGGUUCAGAUAUCCAGUAAAGCAACCGUUACAAUGAUGAUCCAAACCAAAAAACGACCACCGCUCAGUGAGGGAGUUAAGCCGUCCGCAAAAAAGCAGAAAAUUUCAAAGUCGUCGAAUGGCGAAGGCGACGAGAAACCCGUGAAAAAGUUCUCAAUGCGACUUGAUCGUAAUCCUAGCGAGGGUAAAUUUCAAAAGAAAUUGUCUUCUGGGACAAAGAAAAAGUUCGGUUCCAAGGAUGAUUCUCAGGCCGGGAAGGGAGAGAAGAAACCGUUUGUGGAGAACACUCCGGAGGCCAAGCGUGAGUACUGGAACAGCAUGAAGGCAAAGCAGAAAGCACUGCGCGAACAACGACGUAAAUCCAAAACGAAAGAUUUGUACGAGCUCAGUGUAGGGGCGAAGAAAAUCUAUGAGACACUGAAGAGGAAGUCAACCGAGAAUAAGGAAGAAUUGGUCGUGAAACUUCACGAAAUGCUGAGCAAGGAGAAAACCUACGGUAGAAUUGCGACCAGCCACGACACGGCCCGUGUUAUUCAAUGUAUGAUUAAGAAUGCAUCGGAUGAAAUACGACUGCAGAUCGCAGACCAAUUGAUUCCGGAGAUUUACGAACUGGCCACCUCGAAGUAUGGGCAUCAUUGUGUGACGAGUUUGCUGAAAAACUGUAACAAACUCUUGUGGGCCAAAGUCACGGAUGCCGUCAUAAAGCAUUCGGUUAAAAUGGUUAACCAGACAUACGCCGGUUCGAUUGUGGAUUCGGUUUACAACGAGUAUGCCACGAAUGAGCAGAAGGCAUUUAUGAGACAAGCUUUCUAUUCGGAAAUUUACCAGCAGAGCAAGGAUAAGAAAGUUUCCAGUAUGAAGGAUACCUGGGAAACGAAUGCUUUCAUGAAAAAGACGGUUUUAUCUACGGUGAAAGGUCAUCUGGUUCAGGCUGCCAACAAGCAGCUCGCAGACAAUUCUUUGCUGCACGCUCUUCUGUUGGAUUUCCUGCAGGAAGCUCCGGUGGUUGAACGGUCGGAAGUUAUGGAAUUGUACAUGCCUCACCUGGCAGCGAUAUCCAGCACCAAAGACGGAACGGCUGCUGCUAUCUAUUGCUUUCUGAAUGCUAUGGUCAAAGAUCGCCGAGCGGCACUGAAGGCAUUGAAACCGUUUUUGUGCAAGCUUAGUUCUCACGAACACGGUCAUCGGCUGGUUCUGUGCAUUCUCAACUGCUAUGACGAUACCGUAAUUCUGGGCAAACAAGUCAUUAGCGUGUUGAUGGAGGACGUGGAAACGAUCGUCGGUAGCGGAGAAUGGGGCCGAAAGGUCAUUGGUUGGAUUUUUUCGCCGGCUGACAAGGAUCUGUUGCAUCCAACUCAGAUCGAAAUUUUAGACGGCUAUUUGCAGUACAGCAAGAAAGAUAAAGACAUUCGCAGAAGGGAGAUAUUUGCAAGUGCGGUGGAAGCUUUUGGCAAGGCUGUUGCUGCCAAUGCCGAAUUUUGGUUACGAGGAGGCCAUACUGCGUUGUUGACGGCUGCCAUCGUGAAAAAAUUGAAAGGCGACUGCUUGGGAAAGGUGCAUCGUGCUCUGGCAACCGUGGUUUGUGACCCAGAAUGGCAAAUUCAAGAAAACGAAGUCAGCUUGGAAGGGUCUAUAAUGCCGGAGAAGAAACAACCUGCCUCAAACCAGACCAGUGGGAAGAUCAAGAAAAUUAAGAAAAGUCCGUUUGAAGAGGAAAAAGAAAAAAUAAGGGAAAAGCAGCUGGCUCAAAAUCCACUAGUGAGCGGAGUUGAACAUGCCGGGAUGCACAUAGCCCUCAAAAAGAUCAUCAAAUUAGACCAGGAAAAACGUCAGGAAGAUGAAAAUUCGUCACAAUUUGGAAAGGCCAUGAUUGACAUUCUAUCACCUGAGACGAUCAAAUCCUGGCUACUCCAGAAUCGAACCUGUUUCCUACUGCUUCUGAUAUUUGAGAACUCAUCGGAAACAGUGCAAGCGCAAGUUAAACAAAAACUGAAAUCGACGAAAGCGGACCUAAAGAAACAAACUCACCCGGGAGCGAAACUUCUCCUGGAAAAACUUAAACUGUAAACUAUAGUUUUAAGGCAUUUUUCGGUUACAAACAAUAUAUAUACUUUAAACAGCUAAA